AUGGACGGCCUCAGUACUGCUGCCAGCGUUAUUGCGGUGGUGCAACUGGCGCAGGCUGUUGGUGGGGCUUUAAUGGAAUACUACGAAGGAAUCAAAAGUGCUCGCGACGACGUACAACGGCUUUAUCAUUCGAUCAAGAAUCUCGAAAGUGUACUAAAGUCUAUUGACGAUCUGCCACCUACCCUUUCGAUCAACAUCCAAACUCUCUUGGAAAACAAAACGGGAACUUUGUCGCUUUGUAAGAAUGAGCUUGAUGGCAUCAAGAAAGAACUCGAUACCUUUCCAAAACAGCAAGAUCGGAUCGGAAAGCUGAAAUCUUUGAUAUGGCCGUUCAAGAAGAAGGAUGUGGAUAAACAUGUGGAUUUUAUUGAUAAGCAUAAACAUGACUUGAUGUUAGCGUUUGGGGUUGAGAAUUUGCAUAUUUCCAUGCGCGACCAUGACAUCUUGGAGGAUAUUCGAUGCGAAAUAAGAGCCAUACAGAGAGACAAAGAGCGAGGCCAAAUAAUUGAAUGGCUUGCAAAGUCGCUCCCUGAUUCAUCUACAGAGCAUAACAUCGCCCGAGAAAAGUUCCAAGAGGGUACGGGAUCUUGGCUAAUAGACGGAAAUCAUCUCAAAAUCUGGUCGAGAUCUGAAAAUUCGUUCUUAUGGCUCAAUGGAGGCGCGGGGGCGGGGAAAUCGAUUCUAUGUUCUACUGUUAUUGAUCAUAUUCAAAAACUCUGCAAACAAGAGAUAAAUGUUGUUGUCACAUACUGGUAUAUCAAAUUCGACAACUUGACUACACAGAGCGUUUCCAAUAUAAUUCGUUCUUGGAUUAGAGACAUUUGUAGUAAUCGUCGAGAUACGCCGCAAACUUUGAAAGAUGCAUAUACACGUUGCAAUCAUGGCCAGCAGCAACCGACCAUCAAACAAUUGAUGGAAAUUCUCAAGUCUGUUGUGUCCGGCCUUCAAGAUGUUUAUUUGGUUGUGGAUGCUCUGGAUGAGUACCCCAAGACAGAACGGGAUUUGUUACUGGAGACUCUCAAGGAUAUUCAUCAGUGGAAAAUUGAUUCAAUACACAUUUUUGUCACAAGUAGAGCAGAGGAUGAUAUCCGUUUUCAUCUAGAUAAAAUGAGGGAGCGAGAUGUUUCGGACAGCUGCCAAAGCAUCAAAGUUCAAGAUCCAAACAUUACCGAAGACAUCAAGAAAUUUCUCAAUGAAAACAUUAGUAGCUUCCGACGAACAAUGUGGAGUUCUGACUUCAAGGAUGAAGUUGUGGAAUCCGUCGCGCGACAAGCUGAUGGUAUGUUCAGAUUGGCAGCACUUCAAUUGGAUUCAUUGAAACGGCACAGGACUGUGUCGGCAAUAAGAAAGGGACUGAAUCAACUUCCAAGCUCUCUGGAUAUAUUUUACGAAAGGGCACUGAAUGAUAUACCCGAGGAAGAUCAGUGCUAUGUCAAAAUAGCCUUACAAUGGAUUACUUACACUGCGCGCCCGUUGACGGUAUUAGAGCUCUCAGAAGCAGUUGUAGUCCAGAUUGGGUCUCCUCCUUAUCUGAGAGAAGACGAUAGAUUGAGCUGCGAGGGUGAAAAUUUUACUCUUCUUGAUAUUAUUCCAUCAACAUUUGUUACGGUCUAUAAUAAGGAUCGGGACUACACUUCCGCAAUAUGGGACACAAAUCCGCACAUUCGAUUUACCCACUAUUCCGUCCAGGAGUUCUUACAAUCAAGCCGUAUGUCUGAUGGACCCGUCAAUGAAUAUCAUAUACGAGAGUUAGAUGCUCAUAUAUCGAUUGCAGCGCGGUCUAUAGCAUACUUACUUCAUGUUGGUUUGAUGUUGAAUUAUCCACAUCCCGAAGUAGAUGACAUACAUCAAAGAUUCCCUUUGAUCUAUCACGCAGCUCUCUGCUGGACCUAUUACAUUCAGCGCCUUGAGUUCCAAGGUAGUGAGCAUGAUAAUCUCGUGGACCAUCUUCGUAAGUUGGUAUUGUUGUUGAUAAAUGAUAGCCAACCCACGCCGAACAAUCAAUCCACACCGAUUGAUUCAAAUUCGUGGAACAAUCGAAAUGCGUGGGAAGUAUCACAAAUAAUCUGCAAAAGUGCUGGACUGAAGCUUUCGUAUUCCGCAAUAGAAUUAGAAAGUGAUGAGCCAAAGCUUCCGUGUUCCGCAAUAGAAUUAGCACACGCGUACGAUCCUCUUGAAGUUGACUUGGAAUCUAGUUUCGUUCACUUGUUAAGCAACGCAUCACGCGGGUCCGGGGAUAUCCACGAAUCAAAAGUGCCCGCUUUGGGGACACCUUUACAUGCCGCAGCUUUGGGAUCGCAUAUUUCGGAGAGGACUACCAUGCUCCUGCUUGCGGCAGAGAUAAAUCCAAACACUCCGGGGGGAGAGUGGCGUUAUCCACUACUUGCCGCUGCUCGUUUGAAUCGACCAGAAAUUUGCAAAUUGUUGUACGAGGCCGGUGCCGAACUACAAGCUGGGAGGGGCAUGUGGAAUGAAACCGCAUUGCACAUCGCCUGUGAACACGGUCAUGUGGAAGUAUGUAAAUUUCUCUUAGACGAAGGAUUUGACAUUGAACAUCGUGGAUCUUCUGAUGGUUUGGGAACACCAUUAUUGGUGGCUUCGAAACACAGAAAAUUGGAAGUGGUGAAGAUAUUAUUGGCGUCGGGUGCAGACACUGAGGCGGAACAUGAUACGUACACAGCAUUGCAGUAUGCAUCAGCGUCUCACGAUUUGCAAAUAUGCAAACUACUCCUAGAUUCCGGUUGUGAUGUGAAUCACAAUACUAAAAUUGUGGAUCGCACAACUAAACAAAUAGUGGGCGAGUAUUCUCCACUUCAUCGGGCCUUUGAAUUUUUUUGGGAAGUUGACCUUUUUGUUGAGAACGAUAACGACCCAUGUCCAACAAUCAAGCUCUUGCUGCAAUACGGCGCCGAUAUACAUGCCAGAGAGAAACCUUAUCUGAAAAAUGGUUAUAGGGCUACCGCAAUUCAUCUCUGCUUAGAUUAUUACGAAUUCCUGUUUUUCGCUCCUGUUUACGUCGACUUCGAAUCUAUAUUUGACUAUGCUAUAGAUAUGCUAUUAGACGCAGGUGCUGGAAAUGGGCCAGAUGGGGCGGAACUACUUUCAAUCCUGAAAGAAAAAUGGUCCACGUUAGACGGGGAACGAAGAAGUCAAGUCCGCCUCUAUGAAAUGAAAGGGCCUGAUGAAGAAGAUUUAAAUAAAUAUGAAAAAAUGGUUGAGCCGUGGAAUAAAGCUGUUGACUUGUACUGUGAAACACAUAACCGGAUAUACAAGCAGCAGGAGAAAGAACGAGAGAUGCUAAGGAAGGGAGCUUCUGUAAAAGACACUGAGGAACGACAAAUCAAUUUAGACGAUGAGGGAACUGCUAAUGGAGAGAUACGCAAGCGAAGUAUCUAA